AUGGAAUUGCGAGCAAAACCAAAAGCACAAGACAAAGAGGACAAAUCUUGCAAUGAUCGGAGAACAGAAAAAGCAAAACAGCAUAUCUGGUUUUAGAAACCUCAUUGUAAUUGUAAUCUUUUCGCCACUACUUUCAUGGAUUUGAAGAAGAUGCUUCAUCUUCUCGGCCUUCUUUUUGUUCUACAGAGUUCUAUGAUACCAACCUGCCACUGCCAAAUAACUUUUUCUCAGAAUAUUGAAACUUUCUAUCCAAUAGAAACUCCUCAACCACCCCCCUCAACAGCCCCUCUUGAGCCACCAUUAAAGCCACAUGCAUCACCACCAUCACCAGGACCGGUAGCAGCAUCUACAACCUCUUCAAAAAGUAAGAUAGUAACUGCAGUAGCUGCCACAGCAGCAAGUACUCUUGUUCUUUCUGGUUUGAUUUUCCUCUUAGUUCAAAGGUGCUUUAGAGCAAAGAGGAAAAAGGAGAUAACCAACACAGUUUCCCCUGUAGAUAGGGGUGUUGUGCCUCAGGUAAACGUGUUUGAGAGAAUGGAAGGAAACGUGAAGGGAUUUAUUGUUGAUGAGGAUGGUUUGGAUGUGGUUUAUUGGAGAAAGCUUGAAGGUAAAAACUUACCAAACAAGGAUUUUCAAAAGGAGGUUUUGCAAAGUUCCAAAUACAAAGAAGAUGAUCAUGAAAGAAACCAUGGGAAAAUAUCUGAGUCCAUUCAAGAAUUUCCUUUGCUUAGAGAGAAAUCUUCAGCUUCCCAUAUGAAUAUAUUUCUUCCUGAAGAGUCAUAUACAAUCAUGAAAAUUCCACCUCCUGCUCCUCCUCCUAUUGUUCCUUCAUCAGUUGGAGACUCUCCUAAACAACCAUUUUCUGCACCCCUUCCCCCUUCAUCACCAAAACCACCCUCCACUUCUUUCUCAUCCAUUCCAAAAAUUGCAGCACCUCCUCCUCCUCCUCCUCUACCACCACCAAUCUCAGUUAGAAAGAGCUCAAUACCACCACCACCACCACCUCCUCCUCCAAUCCCACAUAAAAAGAACUCAGCAGCAGCACCACCUCCUCCUCCAAUCCCCCAUAAAAAGAACUCAGCAGCAGCACCACCUCCUCCACCAAUCCCUGCUAGAAAGAGUCCAGCACCACCUGCUCCACCACCAAAGGCAAGUGUUUUGAAGUCAUCAUCAAAACCACCACCUACCCCUAUUGAAAGCACUUCAAUUCCCACAAGUAAGCAAGGAAACACUUCACCUGAAGUAAAACUAAAGCCAUUACAUUGGGAUAAAGUGAAUACCAAUCUUGAUCACUCUAUGGUGUGGGACAAAAUUGACCGUGGAUCUUUCAGGGUUGAUGAUGAUCUUAUGGAAGCUCUCUUUGGGUAUGUUGCCACCAACAGAAAUGAUAAUACUCCAAAAGUAAAUAACUCAACGAGUCCAAAGAGGGAUGUCACAGCUCCAUCAACAAGUGCUUUCCUUCUUGACCCCAGGAAAUCACAGAACAUUGCUAUAGUUUUGAAAUCUCUGGCAGUGUCAAGAAAGGCAGUUAUUGAUGCACUCAUUGAUGGCCAAGGCCUUAAUACAGACACCAUUGAAAAGCUGGGUAGAAUAACCCCAACAGAAGAAGAGAAAUCCCUUAUACUUGCAUUUGAGGGAGACCCUUCAAGACUUGCAGCUGCUGAAUCUUUCCUAUAUCACAUCCUCAAAGCUGUUCCUUCAGCAUUUAAGCGAUUGAAUGCCAUGCUAUUCAGGUUGAACUACGACUCCGAAAUUGCAGAAAUCAAGGAGUUUCUUCAGACCCUUGAGGUGGGGUGUAAGGAGCUUAGAAACCAAGGAAUGUUUGUGAAGCUUCUUGAAGCGGUGCUUAAGGCUGGAAAUCGCAUGAAUGCAGGUACUAAUAGAGGAAAUGCUCAAGCUUUCAACUUGGCUUCACUAAGGAAACUCUCUGAUGUCAAGAGCACCGAUGGAAAAACCACAUUGCUUCACUUUGUGGUUGAAGAAGUAGUUCGUUCUGAAGGGAAACGUGCUGUUCUUAACCGCAACUAUAGUUUGAGUCGUAGUAAUAGUAGUAGUAGAAGCAGUAGCAGCAGUGGAGACUCCCCGAACUCAACUGUUUCAAAUGAACAAAGACAAAGGGAAUACAUAACACUAGGAUUGCCAAUUGUAGGAGGGAUCAGUUCUGAGUUUUCCAAUGUGAAGAAAGCUGCGGUUACAGAUUACAACAGUUUUGUUGGUUCAAUCUCAGCACUCUCAGCCAGGAUAGCAGAGAUUAGAGUACUUGUUUCCCAUUGCGGGAAUGACAAUGGUGGAAACUUUGUGAUAGAAAUGAACCAUUUUCUUGAAAAUGCUGAAGAGGAAUUGAGAUUAGUGAGGGAGGAGCAAACAAGGGUAAUGCAACUUGUGAAAAGAACAACAGAUUAUUACCAAGGAGGAACUUCUAAAGAUAGUGCAGAACAACCUCUUUAUCUAUUUGUCAUAGUUAAGGAUUUUCUGGGAAUGGUUGAUCAAGCAUGCAUUGAGAUUGCACGUAACAUGCAGAAGAGGAAGAUACCUAAGGUAAAUUAA